AAUAGGUCGACGUAGUGGCCUAUUCGUAAGACAAUGUACUCGAUUUUUUCAAAGAAAACUGAAUUCUAUUGAAUAAAAAUGGCAGCUCUUAGGCUGAGAAUGGGGGACCUGCAGGAGCUGUCUACAAAAUUAGAUGAACUAGAGAAGAAUGAGCAGAUUCUACUCGAUACAGUAUAUUCAAAUGUCUCUAGGGUACUGAAUAAAGGAAGAUAUUUAACAAAACAGAAAACCAAAGAUGAAGAGAAGGUUCAAACUGAGGUUGCUGAAGUAGAAAAGGCUUUAGGAAUGAUCAAUGGCAUGAUAAUGGAGUUUACAGACCUUUUGAGCAAUGAAAAAGAAGAAAAACAACUGAAAUAUGUGAUCCUGCAAAGCCAGUUGACAGAUAUCUGUACCAGGCAAAGGGAAAUAAUUCUGGAUUUGUUUCAAAUAGCCACAAGAUUAAACGAAAUAAUCCCGAAAUUAAAUAGUUUGUCUACAAAGUUUUCUGACGAUGUUGAAAUUUUUAAGAUCAAGUUGCAAUCCUGGUCUUUGCAAAAGCAGGCUGAAAAUGUCAAUCAGGAUAUGGCUGAUUUAAAUGAGUUUUCAGAAACCAUUGACAUAACUUGUAAAGGCGAGAGUCUUGUCGAUGCUCUAGACACACUGGGCUGGAGCACUUACACUACUGCACAGUUGGUGAAGAUGGAUGAGUCUUCAGUUUCAGGAAACAUUAACGGAACUUCUAAAAGCGAGAGUCUUGUGGAUGCUCUAAAUGCACUUGGUUGGAACACUUACAGCACUGUACAGAAGGUGGAGUUUCUUGGGGCUUCAGAUAGAUUUAGAGUUACGGAAAGAUUUGGAGUUACUGAUAGAUUUGGGGUUACUGAAAGAUUUGGAGUUACUGAUAGAUUUGGGGUUACUGAAAGAUUUGGCGUUACUGAUAGAUUUGGGGUUACUGAAAGAUUUGGAGUUACUGAUAGAUUUGGAGUUACUGAUAGAUUUGGAGUUACUGAUAGAUUUGGAGUUACUGAUAGAUUUGGAGUUACUGAUAGAUUUGGAGUUACUGAUAGAUUUGGAGUUACUGAUAGAUUUGGAGUUACUGAUAGAUUUGGAGUUACUGAUUGA